UUUACAGUCUUAUUGCGUGUAUAAUUAAAUGUGAAGUGGCCAUUUUACUGCUUGCUUCAAUUUUAUUCACACCGAUGUAUUUAAUGACUCAAACUGCCACCCGGCCGGCGGCAAUAUUUUGAUGACGGACCCCAGACCCCAACAUUCACUUCCGGUCGGUGUUUUCAACAUGUGAGCGAUGUCUUCAGCCACUCAGGAGGUAACUCUGAUCGGUCUGUGUGAUGGGGAGCUCGACUCUAAGAGACACCGGUCCUCUUAUCUGACCAACAAAGUUGGGGGUCACCCGGACUGGUCCCCGGUCAUCUCCCGGCAGUCUCCCCGCUGCAGUCGCUGCGGAGCCCCGUUAUUACACGUGGUUCAGGUGUACUGCCCUCUGGAGGCUUCACCCUACCACAGAAACCUCCACCUGUUCGCGUGCCCAGGUGCCGAGUGCAGCGGCAGGUCAGACAGUUGGAAGGUGCUCCGCUCUCAGUGUCUGGAGGAGGCGGCGGCAGCCAGCCGGCCUGUCCCGGCUCAGGAGGCUCCUCCGUCGGCCACUGACUGGUGUGACACCGCUGAUGACUGGGGGAUGGAGGAGGAGGAGGAGGAUGGAUGGGGAGGAGGUGUGAAGAAGAUCAGCCAGGUUCAAGAGGAGGCAGCAGCUCCUGAAGCACAGGCAGCCGCUGAGAUGGACGUCAGCAGUCGGCUUCAGUAUCUAAAUCUUGGGGAGACACAGGAGGAUGUUCCUGUCCUCCGCUCAUUCUUCAUCAGUGUGGAGGAGGAAUCAGAUCUUGGUGGAGAGGAAGACGACCUGCGGCACGCUCAGCAGCUGCUGAGGGAGUAUGAGAGGAGAGAGGGCGUGGCUGUAGGAGAGCUGGAGGACAGUGAGGGCGGCGGCGGGGAGGAGAAGUACGAGAAGACACGUGCCAGACACGGAGAUGCUGUCUUCUCCAGGUUCAUGAAGAAGAUCUCGCUCUGUCCUCAGCAGAUCCUGCGGUACUGCCGCAGCGGGAAACCACUCUUCAUCACUGAGCCGCCGGCCAACAUGGCUCAGGUGGUGUCGGCGUGCGGCUCCUGUGGGGGAUCCAGGACGUUUGAGCUGCAGCUGAUGCCGGCUCUGGUCAGCCUGCUGCGGAGGGAGGGCGGCAGCGCUGAGGCAGAGCUGGAGUUUGGGACGGUGCUGGUUUAUACGUGCACAAACAGCUGCUGGACGGCAGGAUCAGGAUCAGCUGUGGAGGAGUUCUGCUUCGUUCAGGCAGACCCAGACCAGCUGCUCUUUAAAUAACGGGACAGGUUCAAGAUGAGUUGCUGUGAUUCAUUCAUCAAAUCAGAAAAGUAUUUAAAAAAUGAACAGAUGAGUUUACACAGGAUUUCAACUGGAUUGUGUGGCCUACAGCCAGAUGCUGCUGUUUCCUGCUGCAGUUUACAGUAGGUCUUUCCACAGUGAACGCAGCUCAGAAAAUACUUCACCUCUAAGAGAACGAAUCCAAAUAAGGCAUAAAAUCAAAAAGAGCUGCUGAUGGUGUGUCACAGGCCCCAACAGUUAACGUAAAAUAGAACAUUGGCAUCUUCUUGCCACCACACAGAGGUGAGGUGCAGUUAUAAGGUGAACACAUACUGAGUGUUUAUAGCAUGGCUUUAAAACUUGCGUAGAGCUGUGCAGCAGCUGCAUUCUCCCUGUCUGAUUUAGUGUGGAUUUACCCUUUAAUAUUGUUACUGCAGCUAGCUGAUAUCACCUGCUGUGACCUCUGACCUCGCUGUAAUGAAAUGUUAUUGCUCUGAGAACCAAGAGUCACUAGUGCCUUAAUUGUGCUGCUGCAUGAUAUGUUGGAAAUGUGCGGUCAUCACUGCUGUUCUGUUGUGAUAACAAAGCUGGUUUACAGAAGAUACCUGGUUAAAUUACGUCUAUUUCUCGAGACAGCGAUCACUUUUCAUGAGAAAAUGACUUGUAUUCUCUGAAGAUGACAAAAUAAAUAUGGAGGACUUGAAAAUAAGU